AUGUCAUUGCCAAUCAAUACGUGUCCAGUCGAUAAUGUUGCUCCCGCAGGGGAACCUCGUGCAACAUUCAUGUUUGCUGCCGUUGUCCUACUACUUGUUGCUGGAUCAUACAAUUCCGAAUUUGUUUUAGAACUACUACCGCCAGCGAAUAAUACUUUUCCAUUCAAUAAUAACGUUGCUGUGUGUUCAUUUCGAGGGCUAGCGAUUCCUGUGUGUGUGUAUUCAAUAUCAAAAGCCGAGCUGGGCGUAUACAGCAAUCAAUUAGAAUGGGAAGUACGCUGCGAACUACGAUUGAUAUACAUGGAUCAUCAAAUAAGACUAAAAUUUGCACCGAAUUACAAAGCUGGCUCAUUACAACUUAUGGAAAAUUUUCCAACAAAUUCCAUAAGAAAAGAAGGAAUGAAUUUUACCAAUUCAGUUCAAAAUAACAUAUUCACACCAUAA